AUUCCCCCCUCGAACUCCAUGCUCGAAUUGACUGGAGUUGAAGGAGGCCUAGGUAGCCCAGCUUGUAAGAGGAGGGUACAUGACAUUUGAUGAGAUAGAUGGCAUUUGUUUAUGAUUUCCCGAUCUCUCCGCAGUACAUCUCUGGAUUCCACUGAUAUUUACCGUAAGGUAUUAUAAAUUAAAAGCAGAGGCUUGGCCCAGGCAGCAUGGAACUUCAGCAUUCUGAGGCCUGUAUUUGGUGCUCUGCACCAGAGAGUGUACAAGUGAAUUUCAGAGCCUACAUUUCUAUACCAGCCCCUGAUUGGGCAAAUACUGCAAAUGAGGGUAUAUCACAUUGUAUGGACUGUGUAAAAGUGUACCAUCGUGGAAGGGCUGCUUUUGUGGCAGAUAAUUCCAACACUGAGGAGGUUCUAUUUCCCAUUGAGGUAAAGAGACUGCGACACUCCUUGAAGGAACAUGUUGCAGACCUAGCUGAUGAACAAAAGGACGUCUUUGAUCGUGAUAAUGAUGUGUUCAACUACUGGGGAAGCUCGCAACAAGAAGCUUGCCCUCUACCAGUACCAGUGCAAGAAAUUCUUGGAUUUCCAUUUUAUCUCCAGGAUGAAGGUGUCAAUAAGGUGUUUUGUCAACUAAUGAAGGGGCUUCACAGAACUGAUCAACUUCAUAUCACAGCAGUAGAUAAACCGCUUUCUGGACUGUUCAUGUUGUUGAUACAUCCUGACAAUAUGAUAUCAAAUUGGGCAAACAAAUCAGUAGCACACCUUGGCAAUUCUGCAAUUGAGAGGACUGAUGAAUUUACUCAUGUGAUCAGCUUGAUGUUAUCCGUCGUCUGUUUCUGCUUAUUUGAUGAUCGAAUGGUCAGUGUUAUGUGUGAGGAGGUCCCGAGUGCUUGUCGCAUUCUAUCUUCGCAUUUGUUUCCAAAUCAGCAAUUGGAUUACUGGCAAGGCUUAAGUUGUCUUCUGUGUUGGAUCAGUGAAGAGAACUUGAAUCAACUUGGAAGUGAAUUACACUCAGACAUCACCAGGAUUUACUUAACAUCUCUUAUGGAGGAAAAAUUAAAAACCUAUGAUGAAUGCAACUCAUUUUGGCCAAAACUUUUGGGCUUCCAGCAACUCAUCGACAAAUUGGGAUUUCGUAUUUGGCAGUAUCUAAACGAUGCACCAGAUGUGGUUUUCAACAGUAUCUUUAACCAUCCAAGUAUUAGAAGUGAGGUCAAUCAACUUAAAAUAAAAUUUACUAAAUUUGAGCACAAACUUGCAAACAGAGUUCAUGAAACAGCCCCAUAUACCUGGAUAAGAGCCUUUGUGUCAUCUUUUUUGGAGUACGAAUCUAUAGCUGAACAAUGUGUUACCAUGGUGCUAGACAAAAUGACAAAUGAAAUAAAUGAAGACUUGACCAACCAGACGAAGUCAAGCAGAAAUCAACCAACAGGAAAUCAAAAACCUAGCAUCUUCAUUGAACAUUCUAUUUCAACUUUAGUUGAGAUUCUAGAGAGUCUUAUUAAGUGCAACUUCUUCUGUGUGUCAUUACCUUGCUUCAAGAGAAGUUUUAACGUUAUGACACUCUACCUUAGAAAGUUCCACCAAAAUCAGGGAUCCUCUCAACAGAUUACAAGUUGGCAGUCAUCUCCACUGAGAUUUAUCAGAAACCUUCUGGACAUUUGUGUCAAAAAGGAGAUUUCUUUGACCGAAUCUCGGCUCUUGAUUAAAGAUAUUGAUUUAGUUUGGAAGAAAGAUGCACAUUUCACAAAUGUUGACCAUAAUCUUCUAAACGUAUGUGUACAAAAUCUUGUAAAACAUUUACGUUCUAUUGAAAUUGAAGAUACAGUUGAGGUCUACAAUGAUGAGGGUGCAAGUACUUCAACAGUAUCGGAAGAGAAUGAAGAUUAUUGUACUUGCAGCAGCAGCUGCACCUUUGAACCUUUUGUUUCCAUUAAGGAAGAAAUUCUGGACAAUGAUUUUCCUGAGCCAAGUCCGGAUUAUAUGUUUGAAGAUUCGUCAAUAACAAAUAAUUUUGUCGAAGAUAUUAUCGUGAUUAGUUCAGACUCUGAAGAUGAGCUUCCAGAGGUUACUGGAUUGUUGGAUGACAAAGUGAUAAUAAAAAAGGAAUUUGUUAAUCAUUCUUCUGAAGAUGUGUCUGAUGCAGAAUUGCUGUGGCAUCAUGGCUUUACAAGAGAUGUGUCUGUCAAAGUAAAAAAAAUGACCUCAGAUGAUAUUGAGCAUUUAAGACAAGCAGCAUAUACUAUUCCAGAUACUGAACAAGAUACGGAAAUUGCUGUAAAAGAAAAGACACUUGACGAAGAGGAUACUCUACCAUAUAGAGGACCAUAUGCUGUACAAAAUACUGCAUCAAACACUGUAAUAAAUAUUUCUUCAGAUACUUCAGCAGAUGAUGUACCAGGAAGUGUCAAAGAUAUUGAGCAUUUAAGACAAGCAGCAUAUACUAUUCCAGAUACUGAACAAGAUACAGAAAGUGCUGUAAAAGAAGAGCCACUUGACAAAGAGGAUACUCUACCAUAUAGAUUACCAUAUACUGUACAAAAUACUGCAUCAAACACUGUAAUAAAUAUUUCUUCAGAUACUUCAGCAGAUGAUGUACCAGGAACUGCCAAAAGUACUUUGUAUCAUGAUAAUAUUGAGCAUGUAAGACAAGCAGCAUAUACUGAACAAAAUACAGAAAGUGCUGUAAAAGAAGAGCCACUAGACAAAGAGGAUACUGUACCAUAUAGAAGAUCAUAUGCUGCACAAAAUACUGCAUCCAACAUUGUAAUAACUAUUUCUUCAGAUUCUUCAUCAGAUGAUGAACCAGAAACUUCCAAGGACACUUUGCAUCAUUAUACUCCAUAUAAAUAUACAGACGACAUAAUCCGAGAUAUUAAGAAGUCAAGUGCAGAGAAACUAAAUGAAGCACAAAAAAGAAUUAAAAUACAAAAAGACAUCAUAGCUAAGGAACGUAGGCGAAAAGAACGUUCCAAUGUCAUCACUUCAUCUGACUCAGAGGAUGAAAAUACCAUGUUAUCAACAAAAAGAUCAUUAACGUACAGCCGUGAUCGCAUAGGCAAUAAAGUGUCAAGUAGUUUAACUGUGCCCACUGAAAAUGCUAAAUCUGGCUCAGAUUUUGAUGCAAGUUUUCAGACAUUAAAACACCAUCAAAGAGCAGGUGAGACUGGUUCGAAUUCGGUACCAAAGAGGGUAUCAUGGAUAUCACCAAAAAGAACUCCAAAAUAUUUUGGUCAUGACCUCAAUGAUCAAUUAAGUGACAUUAGUAGUAGUGAUAUUGAACCUCAAGUUGAAUUGCAGAUAACAAGACCGAAUGUUUUUAAAAGAAAUAUAUUUUUAGAUAUUUGGGAAAAAAGCGAAGAGGUAGAGACAUCAACUGUACCAGCAAACAGAUCACAGUCAUUGAUAAAUGCAUGUUCUCCAGUUGACCAGCAGGUUGCACCUGAAAGCCAAGAUAAUCCUCCGAGCAGUAACAGAAUAACACAAAGAGAAAAUAUCCUUCCCAUUGAAUCAGUCUCUGAACCUCGUGAAACGCUUUCAAUUACAGAAAGAACUAAAGUCGAGGCUGGUAUAUAUCACCAGCAAAGAGUUCCUAAACCUCGCCAUAAAGAGAAACACAUUAACCGAUUCAGCUCUAGGAACGCAUCAUUUGCACAAGACCUUGAAGCAACUAAUUUACAAUCAAAGAAAACCAGUAACGCAUUAGUGACCCAAUGCCAAGAAUUUCCUUCCAGAUCUGACAAACAGGUGCCCUCUGAGGCAGUAUUCACCCGUCCAUUGACAACAGCUGACACUCAGGAAACCAGUUCAACAUCUCACACUGUAGCUACUACUGGUCAGUACCAACAUAGUAAGAAGAAAGUUAACCUGAUUGCCAGUCGUGUCAUCAACUGUGAUGUACUGGUUGCUGUUGUGUUGUCCUGGGAUCCAUUGUGGCUUGAUAGGCAAGUGAAACCAGAGCAAAUUGCUAGAAAGCUAGGUAUGCAUUUGCAGAAGGUUCCUGUAGAGUUUGACUCCAUUGACAGCUACAUCAAUGUCUUUGUUCCUUUGCUUCUUUUGGAGACUUGGCACUAUGUUCUUCAGGAAUAUCAGAAAAUUAAAGGAACAAAGAGCAAGUGUGUGAACAUGAAGUAUUUCCAGCAUUGGAGAAACCCGGAUGUCUUGUCUGGAUUUUUCCUAAAAUGCAAACAACAAACCUUUUCCAAAAGCUGGUGUCCGUCUGUGCUUGAUUUGGUGAUCUUAUCACUGAGUAGGCCUACAUCUGGAGAAGAGGUUCCAAGCUAUCGUGUUUUUGCCAUGGUUACCAAGACAGAUGUACAACACAAAAAGGGAAAAGGUCAAGCACCCCAACCGAUUUUUACUUUAGAAGUGGAGGUACAGGUACCGGCACUCAAUGAGAGCAUUCUCGUGGCGUACAUUCAAGAAAAUGUUGACAUUCAAAUACAGGCUGUUAGUAGUAUGAUAUCACAUCAUCGACUUUUCAUGUGUUUCAAAAAUCUAAACAAACAUGUAUUGACACGAGACAUUUUGAGCCCUAGAGUACGACCAGUACAGCAGCCAAUCACUAGCCCUAACCCUGGAAAGUUGAUAACGAAACUUAAUGUAUGUCAGUCAGAAGCUGCUGAUAAGAUUUUUACUUGUAUGGAGACAGAGUUAAUGAUUCCAAGUAUCAGCCUACUACAUGGCCCGCCAGGGACUGGUAAAACACGGACUAUUAUCAACAUUAUUGAAAGAAUUUUGAAAAAAGAACGACCAGUAGACAACAGCCCGUUACUACCUGGUCAGACGCGUAACAUUAUGGACAACCGUCCCAGAAUUCUUGUAUGUGCACCGUCCAAUACGGCUGUCGAUAGAUUGGUGCUAAAUGUUGUCGAGAUGUGUUUGGGAGAGAAUCACGAAGGCAAAAGAUUAUAUGAUUCAAGAUUCAACUGUGGUUUAUUCACUAUUGUGCGUGUAGGUUACAAUGUACAUGAGAAGUGUAUGCGAUAUCAGCUAUCCAACAUUGUAAACAAACAAAUAGAAAAAGCAAGCAAGAACAUGGAGACUGAAAAGUUGAGGAAAGAAAUUAUUGGUUGCCAGAAAGCGCUUCAAGAAGCAGAAUUAUGUUGUGGAAAUUUAAAGUUCAGUUCUAAAUCAAGUACAGAAGAGCUUAAACAAGCUGAAUGCAAGAGAGACCAUUUGGAAAAACACUUGCAACAUUUGAAAAGGAAAGAUUUUGAGACAAGCGUCCGAGUAAACAGCAAGAGUAUGCGAGAAUUAGUACUUAGACAUGCUGAUGUCGUGUUCUGUACUUUAAACGGCAGUGGCUCAAAUCUACUAGAUAUCCCAAACACAAAUCGGCAGCAUGAUUUCAAAUAUGUGAUUGUAGAUGAGGCAUGCCAAUGUACGGAGUUAGACACCUUGAUCCCACUGCAGUUUAAGGGAUCGAAGCUACUGCUUGUUGGUGAUCCACACCAGCUUCCAGCAACAGUCUUAUCAGAGAAAGCAACAGAGUUGGGCUUUCAACAAUCUUUGUUUGAACGUAUGUACAAAUACUUUAAAACACUGAAUCUACCAAUCAAUCCUGUACACCUGUUGAGGACUCAGUAUCGAAUGCACCCAGAAAUCUGCAGCUUUCCCUCAAGACACUUCUACAACAAUGAACUAGAAACUUAUCCAAAAGUCAAAGAAAGAUAUGAGUCUUUUCCAUUUAAACCUUACUUAGUAUUCGACAUCAUAGAAGGCAGAGAAAUGUCAAUUGACAGAAAUAUCACAAAUGAAGCAGAAUGUGAAAUGGUAUUAGCAUUACUCUCACCUCUGAUAGCCAUUGAGAAGUUAAGGAUCGGGAUCAUAACACCAUAUAAGCAACAGAAGAGUUUGCUUGAGGCCAGAGUUAAUAAAAGACUUGUCAGUACUGAUGAAGACAUUAGGAAAAAAAUUGAGAUUUCUACUGUUGAUGGGUUUCAAGGACAAGAGAAAGAUGUCAUUAUUUUGUCUUGUGUCAGAGCAAGAGGCAGCAGCAUUGGGUUUGUAGCCGAUUGCAACAGAAUGAAUGUUGCUCUUACAAGAGCGAAAAUGGCCCUCUACAUUGUAGGACACUUCAAGACCCUCCAGAUGAAUGAAGAUUGGAGGAAAUUACUUGUUGAUGCUAAGAAAAGGAAACGGAUCCACGUUGUUCACACAGGGCAGUAUGAAGCAGCUGCAGAAUUGUGCAGGAAGGAUCAGGGAUCACACAAUAGUGAAAAUAGAAUUGAAUUUGAAAGUAGGCCAGUGAAAGAGGCUAUAGGACCAGGAAGAAAGCCAUGUAAAGAAGUUAAUAGACAAGAAAAAGUUAGCAGGAAAAAAAUGACACCAGAUGAGGGUACUAGGGACAAAAGUCAGGAUCUAGGAAUUGAGGCUAAGCAGCAUAGACAGCCAUUUGAAACAGAGAGUAGAGACCAUGGAAGAGUGAUUGAUAAGGAUAAUGUACCAAAUAAAACUGCAUCUAAUGGACAGCAUAAUGAAAGGUUAGCCAAUCUGCCACAUGCUGGACAUACUCAGGAAGACAGCCAUAUGGAAAGGAGUGGAGAAGGAUACUCAUCGGUUGGGUCUGAGGAUUAUGGUAUGGAGUCAUUGGAGGAGGGUGAAAUUAGAGAGGAGCCAAUUCCUUCCACAAACAGAAGUAAAAGAUCCAAGAAGGGCAAGAAGAGUUAUAAGGAUCUUGCAGCAGUCACAGAAUCACUACGUUUAAAGUAUCCACCUGGUCCUCUUUUGAAGGUAAUAUCGCACCUACCUUCAAAUCCAAAUGAGCAUCGCAAAAAGCAAGGCAGAAGUGGUAAGCAGAAAAAAACCCCUCAAAAUCAAAAACACAAACAGAGUAGAACCAGGAAAGAAAAACAUAAAAGCAGUAGAUCAAGUGAGACCCAGAAAGUUGGAAUGCAGCAGUGUAAAGGGCAUAGCAGUAGUAGGACCAACGAGGAAAAAUCAGGACAGAAACGUAAACGGCAUAUCCAUGACGACAAUCUGGAGCCCAAUCAAAAGCGGAAACCUGGACACCGAAAAAAAGAGCCUCCGCAGAAACAUACAAGGCGUAGCAGUAGUGCCAAUGGGGAGCCCAAUUCAAGGCAGCAACAUAGGAGGGAUGUCAAUAAUGACAACCAAGAACAGCAGAAUUCCCAGACAGACAGACAUUCACCAAGCACUUCUACUACCUUGACACCGCAACCAAAGGAGCAAAGACUCCAUCAUGGGAAGAAGCGAGUGGCACACAAACCGAGACAACAGUCUACUGAACACACUUCAUCAGACCUUGAAAGCACAUCAUCACGCCCACCUGCAAAUGAAAUACCGAAUGGAUGCAGUGUUCAAUCUGAGGCAAGUCAUUCAAAUACAGUGCACCCUCCAGGUUCAUCUUCCAGGUCGGGCCAUACAAGAUCUAUACUAUCAUCUCCAUCAAGACCCAAGAGUAAAUCUGUUAGGAGGAUUAGAAUUUCUUCAGCCCUACCAGAGGUCCAUAUUGUUGAAAGAUACAUAGUCAAUCAACCAUCUUCUGAGUAAACAGGAUUAUUCCAUUUUCUAGCAGGGAAUGACAGAUUAAUAAAUUCCUAGUGUACAGUAAGUUCAUAAUUUUUAGGGAAGGAUCUCCACAUUUUAACUGCAAAAAAAUUUCUUUCUACAAUGCAUUCAGAAAAUGUGUAUGUUACCUGGUGCUCAUUGUUCACCCACCAUCUGUCGUAAAAUACCUAUAUUUCAUUGGAUAGUGCCAUUUGGUUUUAAUAAAUUUUGUAAAUAUUGUUUAAUAAUGUGUUCAAACGAGGAAAGUAUGCUUUUA